AAGAUAAAUAUAUUUUAAAACAACUCCCUUAAUAAGAAAACUGUCAUUUUGAAAUAUUUUAAGUCAAAAUGACAGUUUUCCACGUUAGUUAUUUCAAUAUUUAAAAAUAUUCAAGUUUUAUAAAGUGGAAACAUGCUUCAAUCUGUUAUAUCAGAUGGUUUUCUAACAUAGAGUAUGAACAUUUUCAGAUGGUUUUCUAAACAUAGAGCAUGAAUAUUUUUAGAUGGUUUUCUAACAUAGAGUAUGAAUAUUUUCAAAGUAAUAAAUGGUACGAAACCAGGUCAGUAUCAGACUGUUGAAGAUUCAAAAGAUUUACGUAUUCCAGUCCAAAAUGAAGAGGCAUUUGAGCAUGGAAUAUCUUUUAAUUGCAGGUAUAUUGGAACUGAAGAAAUUCCUCGGCCAAACAGUAGAGUUGAAAUAGUUGCUGCUAUGAGAAGGAUAAGAUAUGAACAUAAGUAUCGUAAUAUUAAGAAGCGUAGAGUAUUUCUGGCUGUAUCAGCUGAUGGUGUAAAAGUUACAUUGAGAAAGAAGAAAAAGAAAAAAAAGGGUAGUUUGUUAUUAGAAGACAGCAAUUUGUUUAUUAUGCAUUAUCCAAUAAAUAGGGUGUUUUAUGUUUCACAUGAUUCACAAGAUCUGAAAAUUCUGAGCUACAUUGCACGCAGUGAAGAUGGAAUUUUUAGAUGUAGCGUCUUUAAAGCACUAAAAAAUUCUCAGGCUAUGCAUAUAGUUCGUACAAUUGGACAAGCCUUCGAAGUGUGUCAUAAAAUUAACCUUGAAAGAGAGAAAAAUAAAUCUGCUAUUAGUCCUUCAGAGGAGAAUAAAACUGAGGCGGAAGCAGAUAAAGUAGAUAAGAAAAGUCCUGAUGAAACAGAUAUUGAUGAUGUUGAAGCCUGUGAAGAAACAAUAACCAGUUCUAAAGAAAUAGCCGAACAGCAUUAUUCAAAAGCUAAUCUGGUUACAGACAUUGAUACAGCUCGUGAAAUGAUCAAUCUACCUCCACCAUUAGUACCGCAGGGAACGAUAUCCGACCUCAAUGUACAAAUGCACGGACCAUUCACUUUAUUGGAGUUAAAGCAAGUUUAUCAUCAUCAGUUGUUGCAACAAAUGCAUGAAGCAGAAGCUGCAAGAAAUGAACUCUCUCGUAUUAGGAGUCAGUUAAAAACUGCAGAAGAAUGUAGAAUUCAAGCCCAGAACCAAGUCAAUCGGCUGUUAUCACAAAAUCGAGAACUUUCAUUUAUGUUACAAAAAGCCAUGUCAAAACUUCAAGAACGGUAUUGUUCCGCUACAGAUACCCCGUUAGAUGAUGCGUGGAUACUGAACCAGCUGUCGCAAAACGGGUUAGACUCGACUUCGAUAUAUUCAGGAACAACUGCUGGAUUAGGAAGUUUUCAAAUAGAUUUUACUUCAGAAAUAUUUGACAACUCUAAUGUAGGACCCAGUCCUCAACAUCAUUUCAACAAUAAUAAAUAUAAACUAAAUUCUAGCGGACAAGAUCAGUUUGCUAAUGAUAAAAAUUACUUGAGCUCUGCCAUCAACAAGAAUCCUUUUAUUUCUCAAAAUGAAGAAUCUGUAGAUAAUGUUCUCAUGACAAGCAAUAUUAAGAAAAGUUAUAAUGAAACCGCUUUAUUAGAAACGUGAUAGAUUAGUGCUAGGUUUAUUUUCAUAGUAAUAACAAAUUUUUGUGUAGGCUUUUUUAAUAUAUUAUUUGACUGAAAAUGAUGCGAAACCAUUAAAAUUAUAUAAAUUGUUUGAAACACUCGCUACUAUUUUUUUAUGUUUUACCUACAUCUAAACAACUCAAGCAGCACAAUUUCUUUAAUUUAUUCUUUUUUUUUUUUUUUUUUCCUUUCCAAAAUUAAUUUUUUCGUUCAGUUUUGUUUAUUUUAUGAACAUAGUAAAUGCAACUCAUAAUUUUUAAAAAGUUCAUCUCACUUAUCAUUUCAGUAUUUUUUUAAGUUUAUACAUUUUUACUAAACAUGUCUUUUUUGAAAUGAAAAUAAGUAUUUUAAAUUUUUAAAUUACAUGCAGUUUAAUUGUGAUUAUUUUAUAUUUUCUCUACAAAAUGUAUAUAGAAUUUCCUAAAUAAAAAAAGAGAAAUAUUUGUAGUCAUAAAA